CUGGUUUUGUGUGAGGUUUGUUAAUGCUAUGCUAUCGGAUAUGUGCUACUAUUACUGCAGGCAAAAACAGAGUGAAACAGAUGCUUUCUGAAGAAGCUGAUUAUUGCUCUCUGUGAUGUUGCUCUGUUUGUGUGCUUUGGUACAUUCACAGCUGAUACAGUUAGCUCAAAGUACUGUUAGAUGCUUUUGUGACAAGCAGAACUGUGAGGAUUCGUUGAUUUGUACUGGCGAGUUGUGCUUGAUUGGAUUCCGCACUGAGGAUAGCCAAGCACAUAUGGAACAGCUAUGUACCAAUGCGGGUGAUGCAAAAGAUCUGGCAAAAUGUCAGCACAACUGGAAUGGAUGGCAAGAGGUUUGCGCUUGCGAAGAAGAUUUUUGCAAUACGUUUGCGUAUUUACGCGGUUCCAUUGAGGAAGAAACCACUAAUACUGUGGGUAAUUCACAACCGUUAAAUUUAAAUGAGGAAGAAUCAUCGAUAGGUUCGAUAGGGAGGCAUCAUGGCAGUAAUUUGGUUAUUCUGCUGGUGAUUAUCCCGUUGUCAGUUGGCGCUCUGGCUGUGUGCCUUAUUUUUAUCAACUAUCACUGCAAGAUGUGUUGAUAAUUACUCUCACUGUGCAUAAUUUUGCAGCAGAUACAACUUACAUUCGACAAGAUGAAAUUAUCAUUGCAUGUUCUAUGAGAUCAGAAUGCUGGGACUGUUCGAUCACCAUGAUGUCCAUCACAAUCAUCAGAGCGUUGAUUUGAUAUUUCUUCAUCGUUCCGAACUAUAUGUAACCGAUUAACACAUGCAAUGUUUUCAAUGUCCUUGUUUUACUUUGUUGGCAUUAGCCACUGUUACUCUCGAAUUUUGAUAAAGUUUCAGGUGG